AUGCAAAGUACGAUAUUGCUAGGUAACAAAAAUUAUUGUGAAUCUAUAACACAAUUGAAUCUAUUAAAAACUCCGACUUUUGAAAAAGCAGAGGCCCUAUUGAAAUCUAGUCAAGCAACUAGCAAUAAGAGUGAUUUUGAUGAGUUCAAAUCUGACGUUGCUUUAGUUUUAACUAAGUUAUUUACUUAUAUUACAGCAUUAGAAGAUUACAAUUCAAGAUUGACCUUGGAGAAUUACAUUAGCAAAAAAGAGAUUGAUGAAAUAUCAUCAAGGUUUGAGGUUGAAAAAAAUUUAAAUAACCAACAAUUUGAAAAAAUUAAAUGUCGCUUGGUGAAUAGUUCCAAAGAUUUAGAAAAUAAACUGAAUAAUUGCGAACGGAAAAUAACCAAGUAUAGAUCUCAAAUUAUAAAAAAAAAUAGAGAAAUUAACAAUUUGAGAAAAAUAAUCAGUGAUGCAAAUUUAAUUUUGCCUUCUUCAUCUUUGGAUGUCAAUACCACAGCAGUUUCCUCCUCUUCAAUUUUCACAAGUUUUUCCUCAAACAGCUCGUUUUCGUCAUCCAAAGGUAGUGAGCAACAGGCAAGCAAGCCUUCAUUGUGUACUUCUGUGUCACUGCAAACUGACAAUACAGCUGUCAGCAAGGGUCUAACCAAACUACCUUCAUUAACUAGAACAUUAAAUGCACAAUCAAACACCAGUAUUCGUAGAUUAAAUAGCACAGGUGGUACUUGUAAAUCGGAUUCUAAUAUGCUGAAUGCUUUAGGAUUGUUGGCUGCUAAAGUUUUAACAGAUGACAGGCAGGUUACCACCGCUAAUAAUGGACGUGACUGUAUUCCAAGUCUAGUGAAAAGUCAUAGCACUUUGGGUAUUUCAAAUGAUUCAACGGGACGACAAUUUCCUCAAACUACCAAUACUAUUACUUAUAUGCCACCUAUCAGCACCGUUAAAAUAAAAAAUAAUAAUCUGGUGUUUAAAGGUGGUUCACCGUUUAAUAACAACGACAAUACUUAUAGUAGUUGCAGUGGACAUGGCGAUUCGACCUCUUUAAAUAAUAAUAUUAUCAACAGCAGUACUAAUAACACCACUAUCAUCACGGAAAAUUGUGCCACAUCUCAAAGCAGCAGGUUUGAAGAAACGGAAAUAGACGAUGCAGUCACAGAAGUCGAUGAAAAUACUACUACAAUGAUGUUGAAUAACCAAAAUAUUUUAAAAAAUGGUACGCCCAUGCCUAAGAAAGUUCUUAAAUUUGACGUUGUACAAAACAUCUUACCAUUACCUAGAAUGGUUGAUAUUAAUACUACAACGCAGGAUAAUAUUUUAGAGCCUCAGGAAAAAGCACAUAGUGGUGAUUCUACCAUUAUUCAAGAAAAUUUUUAA